AUGUUCGUGCUCUUUCUGCUAUAUUGGGUUGAGUUUGCUGUAGGAGUUGCUAUGCCUUUAUAUUUAACUCUGAAGUUCAUCACCAAGGAAAAAGAGCCUGAAGAGAAAACUGACAGGUUUUGGCUUGUCUAUUGGAUCUGUUUCACAGUUGUCGAGUGAUUUUCGAUCUAUUUUACAAAUUCGAUUUUCCUGAUCGCAAGAAUUUCUUUAUUUUCUUAUUUUAGCUGAACUGGGAAAGAAGGAAGUGAUAAAUCGUAUGAGAUAAUUGAGAAAAUGGGGCUGCAUAAGGCUGAAGAAGUAUCUGACAAAGCAAUCAGCUGGAUAAAAGUAAAAUUUGAUAUUAAAGAAUAA